AUGACAUCGAGUGAUAAAAAGUAUGAAGUACAUGUGCUACCGGCAUUUAUUCCCAUUUUCUGGUGCUUUGUAGGCAUUUGUCUCGUGCUUUUGUAUUAUUCAUUGAGAUAUGCCAAGAAAUACUCCACUACUGCCGCUUUUCUCUUGACGCCAUUCAUUUGCUUUAGCUUAAUCUUUGACAACGUUAUCAUGGCUACCACGGGUAUUGACCGUCGUCGAACUAGUACUCAAGCAAUGUUGGCCUUUCAUUCAUGUGUCGUGCCCAUGCUUUUGCUCGUGUGCUAUGAAUUGGCAUACUUGGUCCACAAGCACAAAUCUGUCAAUUUCUGCGGGAUCAUGUUCGAGACUGGACGUGACAAUAGCUGCAAUAAUGCUGAUGCAGUCUUGCAAUGCCGUUGGCGACUGUCGACGUGCUUGCGGUUCAUUGUGUGGAUCCUGAGCUGCAUCUUGCUGGUACUUAAUUUACUUGUAGCUUACCACUGGACAUCAGACGUAUCACUUGAAAUUACCAGCUUGUAUGAGCUUCAGGGAGAUAAUAUGGCUCAUGUUGUGAGUGCCAUUCUACCGGCACUAGUGCUUGUGAUACUUGCACUUUACAUUGGUCUUCAGCUUUGGAACUACGGCACCAAUUACUCGUACAUGGUGCACGCUACAUGUUUCAACCCGUGGAUUUGGAUGCUUGUAGGUGCAGUGGCGCUGCUUGUUGGCUACCUCAUGCCGUCUCCAAUCUACGCGCUGUCUUCAAACGCUGGUGAAGUGAUCAUGAUGGCUACAAUUGUACGCAUGUUUCGUGAAGUGCACCACGACAUGCAACAAGGUCUUCAGUUUAGUGAUUUUAUUGAUCCGGAAGGUGCUGCUGCUCGCAGACAAGGAUUAAAAGGUUUCGACGUGCAUAGUUUGAGCUUGAGCACUAGCAAACGCACAAGUCAGAGCAAGAUGGCAGCCGAUCAACCUAACGGAUAUUUUGCGGCGACGACACCGAAGGAGUCGGCACUUCCGGCCACGUUUGCGAAUCAACUCCGUCGCGGUGACUCUGAGGGAGAUGCACGUUCCAGCAAGAGUGCUGCCUACCUAUCCGUUGUCGUGGCUAAAGAGUGUACAAACCCGCUAUGGGAGUAG